AUGCGUAUGUCACUUGCUCUCACCGGCCUUGCUGCCGUGGCCGUCAACGCCAGCUGCAAGGGAAGAUCCGCUGCUACUGCCACCGGAUCCUCUUCUGCCGCCUCCACCGGAACAUCCUCCGGUUCUCUCUCAUAUGGCAAUGGCACCCUCGCCAGUGGCGCUGCCGCCCACGAUGCCGCCCCCAGCAGCGUCUCCUCUUCCUCGGCUGCCGCUGCCGCCACGAGCGCCUCCUCGUCGAGCGUCAAGACCAGCAGCAAGGCUGCCACCAGCGCUGCCAACUCUGGUAUCAAGGGUUUCAACUAUGGUGCCUUCUUCCUCAACCAGCAGGCCCUGACCCAGACCGACUUCGAGGCCGAGUUCAACCGUGCCCAGAACCUGCCUGGCACCAGCGGCUGGAACAGUGCCCGUCUCUACACCAUGAUUGAAUGGGGCACUGCCAACAGCGUCAUCCCUGCCAUCCCGGCUGCCAUUGCCACUCAGACCACUCUUCUGCUGGGUCUCUGGAUCUCUGGCGGUGAUGCCGCCAUUACCAAUGAGCUGGCCGCUCUCGAGUCCGCCAUUGCCACCUACGGCACCGCCUUUACGGACCUGGUCGUCGGUAUCUCGGUCGGCAGCGAGGACCUGUACCGUGACGCCAACAACGAGGUCGGCACCACCGCCACCUACCUGAUGGACUGCAUCUCCAAGGUGCGCAGCGCCAUUGCCGACACCGCUCUGUCGGCCGUCCCCGUCGGCCACGUCGACACGUACGACUCCUUCCUCAACUCGACCAACACGGCCGUCAUUGACGCCAUUGACUGGAUCGGUUUCGACGGUUACCCCUACUGGGAGACCGCUCUGCCCAACAGCAUCGACGACGCUAAUGAGCGCUUCUACUCGGGCUACAACAAGACCAUGGCCCUCGCCAACGGCAAGCCCGUCUACGUGACCGAGACUGGUUGGCCCACCACUGGUGACGACCAGAACCUUGCCGUUGCCAGCGCUGAGAAUGCCCGCAAGUACUGGCAGACCAUUGCCUGCUCUCUGGUCGACAGCAACAUCAACAUCUGGUGGUACAACCUGCAGGAGUCCCAGUACGGCACUGCCACGCCUGACUUUGGUGUUUACGGUGCUGGUGACCUGUCUCAGCUCGAUCCUCUGUACGAUCUUUCCUGCUAA